AAUACACACUUCCCUGGUCACAGAGACAGGAGGAGGAGUCUAGAGGAGGAACUGUUCUAUUGUGUGUCCACCUCCAGCACACUGGAGCUGCUGACAGCUGAUAAGGGGAGAUUCCUUGCAGCUUCACUCAGCUUCUAUAAAGCAUCAGGUUUUGUUUUGCCAAGAACACAGAAAAAGGGUCACCGGCCAAAUAGCAACUAAAAAAAAAAGGCUGUCACAAUGAGCAACAAGAGCGAUGUGAUCGUGAUUGGAGCUGGGAUUUCAGGUCUCUCGGCUGCGAAACUUCUGGUGGAAUCAGGACUAAGUGUUGUGGUUCUAGAGGCAAGAGACAGAGUUGGAGGAAGAACGUUCACUGUUAAGAAUGACAAAGUAAAAUAUGUUGACCUUGGGGGAGCAUAUGUGGGUCCAACUCAGAACAGAAUUCUUCGAAUUGCUAAAGAAUUUGCAGUGGAAACCUACAAAGUAAAUGAAGCCCAGCGUCUCAUUCAUCAUGUUAAGGGUAAAUCAUAUGCCUUCAAAGGUCCCUUCCCUCCAAUGUGGAACCCUAUUGUCUAUUUGGAUUACAAUAACCUGUGGAGGACCAUGGAUAAAAUGGGAGAAGAGAUUCCUAAUGAGGCUCCUUGGAUGGCUCCGCAUGCAGAUGAAUGGGAUAAAAUAACAAUGAAGGAAUUAAUUGAUAAACUUUGCUGGACCAAUACAGCAAAGAAGUUUGCUACCCUUUUUGUGAAUGUAAAUGUGACCUCGGAGCCCCACGAAGUGUCAGCCCUUUGGUUCCUAUGGUAUGUAAAGCAGUGUGGAGGGACCACCAGAAUAUUUUCAACAUCUAAUGGAGGGCAGGAGAGAAAGUUUGUUGGUGGAUCUGGACAGAUUAGUGAAAAGAUGGCAGAUUUUCUACAAGGACGUGUAAAGCUACAAAGACCCGUAGUACGCAUUGAUCAGUCAGGUGAUCAAAUAACAGUGGAAACACUAAAUCACGAAAUCUACGAGGCCAAAUAUGUUAUCAGUGCCAUUCCACCCGCUCUUUGCUUGAAAAUCCAUUUUAAACCUGAAUUGCCACCACUGAGAAACCAGCUUAUCAAUCGUGUCCCCAUGGGCUCCGUAAUAAAGUGUAUGGUCUACUACAAAGAAGCCUUCUGGAGGAAAAAAGAUUAUUGUGGAAGUAUGAUUAUAGAGGAUGAAAAUGCAGCCAUUGGACUUACUCUUGAUGAUACGAAGCCAGAUGGCACAGUACCUGCUAUAAUGGGCUUCAUUCUGGCCCGUAAAUCAAGAAGGCUGGCUCAUCUCACAAAAGAGGAGCGGAAAAUUAAAAUUUGCGAGCUCUAUGCAAAGGUACUGGGUUCAGAAGAAGCUCUUCAUCCAGUACAUUAUGAAGAAAAAAACUGGUGUGAGGAACAAUAUUCCGGAGGAUGUUACACAGCGUACUUCCCGCCAGGAAUAAUGACACAGUAUGGCAGAGUUCUACGCCAGCCGUUUGGUCGGAUUUUCUUUGCUGGGACAGAAACAGCAACUGAAUGGAGUGGAUAUCUUGAAGGGGCUGUUCAGGCUGGGGAGAGAGCUGUCAGAGAGAUAUUAUUUACCAUGGGGAAAAUUCAGGAGAGUGAAAUAUGGAUGCCAGAGCCACCAUCAUUGGAUGUCCCAGCUGUGCCCAUUAGUACUACGUUUUUGGAAAGGAACUUACCAUCUGUGCAGGGUUUAUUUCGAAUCGUUGGCUUUUCAACAUUUCUUACAUCAACAGCUCUGAUAGGUCUGUUUGCUUACAAGAAGGGACUGCUCAGCCGUUCCUAAAAAAAAUGAAAAACCUACAACUUCCUGCCUCAUAUAUGGAUCCACAAACUCAGCUGUGAAAUAUCUUUUUCUGCGCAAUGUAAAGCAGUAUCUUAAUAAAAUUAUUUGAUCCUAAA